UCGGCUCGCUUCGGUCCAUAUCGCCAGUUUUCCAUACUUGUCUGUGCACGCAUUGUCAGGGGGGGUUGAACACCGUAACCACUGGGCUACACGGUGUAGCCUAUUACCAAAUAAUAGAUACCUAGAAUAACAAAAUACCCAGUAGACAAAUAAAAUCCUUCAAAAAUGUGGAAAUUCGUAAGCCGGGGAAUUCGCGAGUCCAUCGAGCGUCGUGCAUGCCGCACCAACGUCUACUCCCAACCGACAGCUGAUGAAUGCAAUGGUAGUGAAGCUAAAGCCACAGCUAACGUUAAUAAAUCGAGUCUGACGAGCUGUCGUAACACCAGUGGUUUCUGUGGUUUUUUCAAUUAUCGAGGUACCAAGGACAAGAAGAGUGGUCCACACUGGAGUGCAGAUAGGACACUCUUUGAUGUAAUUGGAUGGUCUAGCAUCUUGGCCAUCGGCUGGGCAAUUUGCCAGACCCCAUGCAUCAGAAAGCACAUUUUCGAGAGGAAUAGAAAUGACAAGUGUGCGUACAGAAUUUUGAAGUGCCCGAAGACACAAGUGUCUUAUCUGGUGAAACAUGCACUCAGUUUGCAACCGAAACAUGUCCUCCCAGUCACCAAUUGCGUUGGGAGUGAUGGGGGAUUUGGACACGAGAGCGAGGGGAACUGGGAGCAGAGACGUUACGGUCCUAUCACUGCUGAAGAGGCACUGGGAGCAGCACGCGACGAGUACACUCGAACACACCGAGUAGUGAUGGGCGAAUUCGAGCUUCGUUAUGGAAUAAAAGCGCUCGAGGAACAUCGAUACAACGACGCGAUGGAGCAUUUUCUCGUUGGAGCACAACUCAAGUCACCAGGGAGCAUGUUCAACUUGGGACUGUGCUAUGAGUUGGGUAUUGGCACGAGGAUGGACCCAGUGAAGGCUGUGAAAUACUACCGAAGUGCAGCUGAAAAUGGUCACGCAGGUGCCAUGUACAACCUCGGUGUCUUCCACGCCCAAGGAAGGGGUGGUCUUCCCAUAAACCUAGCCGAGGCACGUGAAUUAUUCACAAAAGCAGCGAGUCUGGGUCAAGUGGAGGCUCAAGAUGCUCUGAAACUCGACACAAGGCUGACUAGAGGAAAAUCAAGGGACGAAACCACUACUAACGCCUCCACUGGUGUCUCGUCAAUGGAUCUACCAUCAAAGUCAGAGGACUACUGUCCCUACAAACCCAACGAUCCCUUCGCAGGCAUCCCAGACCUCCCCAAUAGCUCGUUGGAGAGCAGUUACGACUCGUUGUACGACAGCAGCAGAAUGAAAAAUCCAACCGAAUCCUUUCUCGACUUCCUGGGGCUCCAGUCUAACAAAGUCCUCAUGGAAUCUGCUAAUUGAGUGAUACCUCUCGUACUUAUUUGCCAUAACUCGAAGUACUGUUAUUUUUUGACUAGUCUAGGACGACGAGUUGCUGUGCAACUGUUGAGAUAAUAACAAAACUGUAUAUAAUGUAUAUAAAAAGUUUCUGUAAAUAGUGAUAUUUUGUUUCUAAUAAAUAGAGAUGACAUUUUUUUGAAAAACAA